GCAAUGCAUGUGCAUGUCGCCAUCAAAUGAUCGAAUUUGAAUAAAAUUCAAAAUAUUUUAUACCACGAUGAAUUGGCGGAAAUAUAUACAAUCAGUGGAGAGGCCUUUAAUCCUUUUGCUUAAUGUUAGAUAAAAGAUAAGCGCCAGUCUGUGAAGAAUAAAGCUUCAUUCCCCUGCAAACGAUUUCCCCAAAACAACCUUCCCUUCAAAUCCAGUUUAAUCAAGUCAAAUUACUAUUUUUUCGAUAUAUAUAUGAUUUUUUCUUCUAUUCUGAGAAGAGGACAAGCAGCUGUGACACCUUUUGAAGUUAAAAGGAUCCCCGCGAUCAGCCUUUCUCUGGAAGGAUAUCCAUUAUGAGUUCAACUUUCUGAGUCAGAAUAUUUAUUGACAGGAACAAACGCGAGGUAGAAUAUCCUAUCAUCAAGCAGAUCUGUGGUGAGGAUGAGCAUGAGCAUGAGCAUGAGGGAGGAGUUUUGGUGGGCAGAGGGGGAUGAGCCCCAUGCAAGUCGCAGGAGGGAGAUGUUAUCUGUACAUCCACAGAUCAAGGAACUCUUCGGACCCGAUUUAUGGGCAUUCCCUAAGAUUGUGGCAGUAGUUGCAAUUCAACUGUGGACUGCUGCAUCCCUGCUUGAUGCAAACUGGUUCAAGAUAAUUAUUGUGGCAUACUUCUUUGGGUCCUUUUUGAAUCAUAAUUUAUUUCUGGCAAUUCAUGAGCUUAGCCACAAUUUGGCCUUUUCAACACCUACGUAUAAUCGUCUGUUGGGUAUAUUUGCUAACCUGCCAAUUGGUGUUCCCAUGUCUGUCACUUUUCAAAAGUACCAUCUUGAGCAUCACAGAUACCAGGGAGUUGAUGGAAUUGACAUGGACAUUCCCAGUUAUACAGAGGGACGUGUGGUAUCAAAUAUCUUUUGGAAAAUUGUCUGGGUUAUCCUGCAGCUGUUCUUUUAUGCCUUUAGGCCAUUGUUUUUAUAUCCCAAGCCUCCAGGGAUUUGGGAGGCCAGUAAUCUACUAGUACAGGUAACCCUUGAUGCGAUUCUUGUAUACUUUUGGAGUUGGAAGUCCUUUGCAUACCUUAUUUUGGCGACAUUUCUGGGUGGAGGUAUGCAUCCCAUGGCUGGGCAUUUCAUUUCAGAGCAUUAUGUGUUCCAGAAGGGACAAGAGACUUACUCAUACUAUGGGCCACUGAACAUGUUGACAUGGAGUGUUGGAUACCAUAAUGAACAUCAUGAUUUUCCAAGGAUUCCUGGUAGCAAGCUUCAUAAAGUUAGAAAGAUUGCACCCGAGUUCUAUGAAGGCCUCAGUUAUUAUAAAUCAUGGUCACAAGUAAUCUACAUGUAUAUUAUGGAUCAGACAGUGGGGCCUUUCAGUAGGAUGAAAAGAAAGCUUCAGUCAAAUGGACGUGAAAAGAAGAAUUAACAUUUAUUUUGAAUUAUCUGGUAAAUGAUUCUUUUGAUUCUCUACUCAUUGACCACAUUUUGUAAUAGACAGGCUAUCUUUGUAUCUAUUUGCACACAUGGCGUGCUUCUCAUAUUCUUAUUUUGAUGGAAGUGCAUUUCUUGUAUUUGCCAUUUUGGAAUACAUGGAAUUGAAUUCUAUGGUGAUGGUUGAUGAAUUUAGUUCAGACGAUGGUACUAUGUUCUAAGCUUUUACAGUCUGUCAAGUACUUUAUUGCUUCCUUAUGGUCAAAGUCAUAGAGAUUGAACACUAAAGGUGAAGAGGCAAAAACAUCCAGUAAUGUUUGAUCUAAAUUUGAUGCAGCCUAUUUUGUUGAUGUUUGACCUAUUGAAUCAAGUUACAAUAUAUUGUUUUUGGUUUUUCCUCA